AUGUCUAAUUUAGGAGACAUCGCGCUCAACUUAUUACUACCCGCGACGGUUCUGUUGCAUUUAUUCUGCUCGCCGUAUACGAAAGUCGAAGAAUCUUUCAAUAUUCAAGCCACCCACGAUAUCCUCGAAACGGGCGUCCCGCUCUUGAACACCACCGAAGUGCUCAAGGCCAACUUCGACCAUGUCGCGUUUCCUGGAUCCGUCCCCAGGACUUUCGUAGGCGCUUUAAUCCUCGCCGGCAUCUCCAGACCAUUCACAUGGUUCCUGACAUCCCCCGAUCAAGUCCAACUGCUCGUCCGCGCGAUUCUCGGCUUGGCGAACGCUGGGGCGUUAUGGUUUCUCAAAACUGCCGUGGACACCGCGUAUGGCCGCACGGCGGGGCGAUGGUAUGUCCUGCUGCAGGCGAGUCAGUUCCACGUCAUGUACUACGCCUCACGCACGCUACCCAACAUGUUCGCGUUCUUCCUCACGACGAUAGCGGCGAGGAAUUUGAUCAUGGUGAAAGCGGUUGCGUGGAAGCAGGACCGCAGUUCGAAACGCAGGAGGCUUGCGUUGUACAUGCUUACGCUCGCCGGGGUUAUCUUUCGGAGUGAGGUGGCGAUUUUGUUGGCUGCUGAGACGGGGUAUUUACUUCUCCAGCGCAGGAUAUCGAUUACCAAGGAGAUCAUUCCGGCUGGGAUCGCGGGUGUUGUUCUGGGACUUGCUGCGACGGUAGCCGUGGACUCGUUCUUCUGGCAGCAGUUCCCGCUUUGGCCGGAGUGGGUCGGGUUCUACUACAAUACGAUUCUGGGCAAGUCCUCGGAUUGGGGCACGAAUCCCUUUCAUUUCUACUUUGCGAAUGCCCUGCCGCGGUUGCUGCUCAAUCCGAUGAAUUACCUGGUCUGCAUCCCCAGCGCUCUGAGCAUCCAGACGAGCGUGGACAUCCUCCUGCCGCAGGUCCUGUUCGUGGCAGUGUACAGUCUGUUGCCGCACAAGGAGUGGAGGUUCAUCAUCUAUGCGAUCCCAACUUUCACGGCUGUGGCUGCCGGUGGAGCGGGCUGGUUCUGGACGAGGAGGGAAAAGACGAUCAAGUACAGGUUGUGCAGUCUGCUUCUGGUCAUCUCGACGAUCGCCUCGUUCGUUGUCAGUUUUGGGCUGCUGUAUAUCUCCAGCCUCAACUAUCCCGGUGGCGAGGCGCUGAGAAGACUGCAUGAGAUUGCACCGAAGGGUCCUGCUCGAGUUUAUAUGGACAAUCUGGCUUGCCAGACUGGGGUCACGCAGUUUGGGCAGGUUCGUUCAAAUUGGGAUUAUGAUAAGACUGAGGACGAGGAGAAAUUGCUUGAUCCAAUGUUUUGGCAGCAGUUUGACUACGUCCUCGCGGAGCGACCGGAGAGGAUCAUCGGGGCCUGGCAACCUAUUGAGACUGUGACUUCUUUCGCAGGAAUCUCGCUGAGGCCUGGAGAUGAGGAUGACAUUCUGCCUGUACCGGCUGUGUUUGGUGGUGCUGGAAAGGCGUUGCAGCGGACUUACUACGAUCUAGCGCUGGCUACGAGGAAGCGGUUCACCAAGGGAUACUGGCCUUCGAUUCGGAUGGAACCGAGGAUAUUCAUUCUACAGAGGGAACCACCUCCUGCCGAGCAGAGACAGACGCCGCUGAAAGCCGCUUAG